AUGAAUUUGGAGUUCAGAUCAUCAAGGAUGUAUGCGUCUUUAGCAUCCUCAAAAGACAUGGAUCUUCUGUUCCCUUCGACUUCCAAGCAUUCGGAAGGAGAACUACAACAGAAAAGUAGAGAAACCAUGGUUUUCGAUCGCCAUCAGCAGCAGCAAGAGCUGAAUUCCGGUCUGAUGCGAUUUCACUUUGCCCCGAGCCCCCUGCUUGCAAAUUACGUGGACGGUAGCAGCGAAGAUGGAGAAGGAGGAGUUGAUGAUUUCCUACAACCUCGUUCUUCAAGUCUCGAAGCGGAGAGCCUGUUUGCGAGGUUCUUGUCUUGUGGUGGCGGUGUCGCUGGACCUCCCUCACCUGAUAUCCGUGAGAUCGGUGACAAGUCUCCAGCAGUAUCGACGACUCCCACCGGAGCGGUUAAUCAGAGAAAUUCUCAAUUCGUAGUAUCCAUGAAGCACGAAGCAUCUGAGGUUAUUCCUCAGCAUAAUGGAUACUCUGCCGCUGCUUCCCAAAUGCUUUAUCAAGCUCCGCCGCCGGCGCCUCUGCCCAGCCAGAGCUCAGCCUCCAUGGAUAAUUCUUACGGGAUGGUGAAUUCGAUAGUCAUGGAUCACAAUCCUCCUCAAGUCAAGACUGCUAGCGUCAAUUGCUCCAAUCUUAUCAGACACAGCAGCGGAGUCAACGAGGAAGAUGACAGUGCCUCAUCGGAAUCUGCGGGAAGAAACCCAAAUCGACGACGGCUGACAAAAUGGAGAGGAACUCUGUAG